AUGGCGAGCCAACGGAACACUUCUCGCAGCCCGCCGCUUCUCGACUUCGCCGCCUUCUACGACUCGGAUCCGGCAAAGAAACAGGCCCUCGUCGGCCAGAUCCGGGACUGCUGCCUGCACAAUGGCUUCUUCCAGAUCACAAACCACCCGGUGCCGCUCGAGCUGCAAGAGCGCAUCAUGGCCUGGAACAAGGCCUUCUUCGACCUGCCGCUCGAGGCGAAGAAGAAGGUCGGCAAAGAAAACAACAGCUGGAACCGGGGCUACGAGCUGCUGCGCUCCCAGAUCCUGGAGGAAGGCACGCUGCCCGAGCUCAAGGAAGGCUUCUACGUCGGCGACGAGAUCCCCGUCACACACCCGUACUUUGUCAACAAGAAGCUCAACUCGGGCCCCAACCAGUGGCCCGCCCCCGACACCUUCCCCGGCGUCGACGACUUCAGGCGCACGUGCAUGGCCUACUACCACGCCGUCGUCGCGCUGGCAAAGGACAUCCUCAAGGCCAUCGCCCUGAGCCUCGACCUCGGCGAGGACCACUUCGACGACUUCGCCACGGGCGCCGUGGCGACGAUGCGGCUGCUGCACUACCCGCCCACGGAAAAGGGCGACGGCGACGAGAAGCUGCGCCGGGGCAUCGGCGCCCACACCGACUUCGGCGCCGUGACGCUGCUGCUGCAGGACGACGUCGACGGGCUGCAGGUGUGGGACAGCGAGGUGCGGCAGUGGUUCGACGUGCUGCCGGUCAAGGGCGCGCUGGUGGUGAAUCUCGGCAACCUCAUGAUGCGCUGGUCCAACGACCGCUACGUCUCCAACACGCACCGCGUCAUCAACCGCUCCGGCACCGAGCGCUACAGCAUCCCCGUCUUCUUCAGCGGCAACCCGGACUACACAAUCGAGUGCCUGCCCAACUGCCGCGAGUCGGAGCACGACGCCCCCAAGUACCCGCCCAUCACCGUCGAGGACGCCGUCGGCGGCAGCUACCGCGAGAGCUACGGCCGCGCCGAGAAGUGGAAGCAGGACGAGGAGGAGAAGAAGAAGAGGAGGGCGAACGCUGCCGGCAGCUUGGAGGGCGUGGCGCCGGCCGUGGCCGUGGCUUGA